CCCGGACAGCUCCAUUUUGGCCGUGGGUGGAGAUUGAGCUAGAGCGAGCGGAGCAGAGAAGUGUGGAGUCGUCUGUUUUCGGAGGGCUGCUCCGGCUCACCACACUCUCGCCCUUCUUUCUCCCGCCCGCAGAAGCUGCGGGCAACCAUGGCGGGCUUGGAGGUGCUGUUCGCGUCGGCGGCGCCGGCCAUCACCUGCGCGCAGGACGCGCUCGUCUGCUUCCUGCACUGGGAAGUGGUGACGCACGGCUACUACGGCCUGGGUGCCGGCGACCAGCCAGGUCCCAAUGAUAAGAAAUCAGAACUGCUGCCAGCUGGGUGGAACAACAAUAAAGACCUAUACGUCCUCCGAUAUGAGUCUAAGGAUAAUUCCAGAAAGCUGCUUGUGAAGGCUGUCACUGUAGAGAACAGCGUGAUCAUCAAUGUGCUGGAAUGUGGUUCACAGCAGGUGGCAGACUUGACUUUGAACUUGGAGGAUUAUAUCGAUGGAGAACACCUGGGUGAUUUCCACAGGACCUACAAGAACAGUGAGGAGCUUCGGUCUCGUAUCGUAUCUGGAAUCAUUACACCUAUCCAUGACUUGUGGGACAAGGCCAGUGUGAGCAGUCCUCACCGGGAGUUCCCCCCUGCCACUGCCAGAGAGGUGGACCCACUUCGGAUCCCUCCCCACCACCCGCACACCAGCCGGCAGCCUCCCUGGCGUGAUCCUCUGGGCCCGUUUUCUGUCGGGGGAGAGGACUUGGACCCAUUUGGGUGUCGGAGAGGUGGGAUGAUCGUGGAUCCCCUGAGAUCCGGCUUCCCCAGAGCACGUAUUGACCCAUCCUCAGGCCUCCCAAACCGGCUUCCUCCAGGCGCUGUGCCCCCAGGAGCUCGCUUUGACCCCUUUGGACCCAUUGGAACCAGCCCGUCUGGGGCACAGAUACGCACAGGAGCAUGGGCUCCAUCUGAGAAUGGUGUUGAACUUUGGAAGGAGCAAGGAACCCCAGCGUCUAGAAGCCAGUGGUAGUGAAGCAAGACACAACCCAGGAAAGCGCUUCACCCCCAGGGAGCCCCUGCCACUGGAAGCCUGUGUCUGUGUCCCACCUGACCUUUGGUGUUCUCCGGAUCCUUUGCAGCCCGAGACCUGACAGACGUGGUCAGUGAUGAACCCGUGUGCUGGAGUGGAAAGAGCACCAUAGAGCACCAGGCUAAGAGGCAAGAGACCAAGGCGCUAGUCACUUACGCUCGGCAACUAGCACUUCAGCCAUGGGUGGGUCCUCUCAUUUCUCAGCACCUUGGGUUCCUCCCCACAAAAUAGGAUAUAUUAGUUACCUAUAGGCAGGGGGCUACUAGCUUUCUUGAGAUUCCAGCUUGUGUUCUGUAGUUUAGGAUUGCCUGUCUGCUCAGCCUGCAAAUGAGUUAGGGAAACUAAACUGACACAUAGGCCCUGGGUCAGUCUCAGAUGGAGGCUGGGCGUGGGUGGGGAGGCUAGCAUGAGCUCGCUUCCCAGGUAUUUCUGGCAGAUCAUUGCAAGCACCAGUUUAGUAAAAGGCCCCAGAGACAGGAGAGCUGACCAGCUUGAAGCCUUUAGAAAUCUCUGCCUUGCACAAAGACCCAGAGGUCAGACAGAGCCACAAACACAAUCAUCAGUCAUAGUCUUCUUCCUCGGGGGCUGGCACAUGGGUGGAAUGUUAGCUUUUGCUUUGGAAUUGGCCUACACCUGCAACCAGAAGAACCUGGGGCAAUUUGCUCAUAAAGGCAUCCUUUAUUAUAAAAGGAAGCAAUUAAAGGACCACCAGACAGAGUAGGGAAGAGAGAGAACUUUUAGGACCCUGAUUUUAGUAAAAGACGAAACUUAGUAAGUUUGGCACUUCGAUUUUCUAGUAACAGGUCGAAAGGAAAACCCUUUGGGUGGUCAUAUAUAUAAUCCUGUUUUCUGAACAGAAUCAGUGUUUUCCUGAAGCUAAAUCCAGGCAGCAUUUUCUCUGUGGGUCUCCUUGCAUCAAGGACACGGAGGAACAACGUCCUAGACGUUAUGUGGGGAAGAAGUGAAUGGGGCCUUUAGGAACUUCCUAGUCCAGCUAUUAGUGCUUGUUUGGUCUGGGCCACAUUCCUCCUUCCAGCUGUGAAAUCACCAAGCAGUAAUGGGAAUACUUUAGGUGUGUGUUUUGUGGAACUUAAAAGCUGGAGGCUUAACAAUAAACAUCAGCACUUAAUGACCUGUUCCUCUUUUUAUUUUUUAAUAACUUUAUUGAGAUAUAAUUCACAUACCAUUCAGUCCACCCUUCUAAAGCAUACCAUCCGGUGGUUUUCAGUAUAUUCACAGUGUUGUGCAGCCAUCACCUUAUCUGCACCCCAAAACAAGCCCCAUCACCAUUAGCAGCACUCCUAUUUCCCACCCCCCCCAGCCCCUGGCAACCACUAAUCUUUCUAAGGAUUUGCCUAUUCUGGACAUCUCUCAUAAAUGGAAUCACACAGUAUGUGGCCUUUUAUGUCUGGCUUCUUUCACUUAGCAUGUUUUCAAGAUUCAUACAUGUUGUACAUUUAUCAGUACUUCAUUCCUUCUUAUGGCUGAAUAAUGUUGUUACAGCACAUUUUGUUCAUCCAGUCAUCAGUUGGUGGACGUUUAGAUUAUUUCUGGUUUUUUGACAUUAAUGAUGCUGCUGUGAACAUCGAGUACGAGUUUUUGUGUGGAUAUAUCUUUUCAUUUCUCUGGGAGUAGAAUUGCUGGGUGAUAUAAGUCAAUGUUUAACCUUCUAAGGAACUGCCGAACUGCUUUAUGCAGAGGAUAUACCAUUUUACAUGCCCCCACCAGCAGUGUUGGAGGGUCACAGUUUCUCCACAUCCUUGCCAACAUUUGUUAUCAUUUGUCUUCUUGCUUAUAGCCACCCUAAUGAGUGUGAACUGGUAUCUCAUUGUGGUUUUGUUGUCUUUUUUUAAAAAAAAAGAAAAUUUCGACGUAGGCCAAGCAAGGCAGAGACCAGAGCCAGUCACCCUGGGUGAGCAGACAAGGGCUUUGAUAAUCACCACCUUGGGCUGACCAUGGCUGAUGAGCUGCAGGGGAGUUGGCUUUGACUUUUGGAAAAGUUCUGGGCUGGAUGUGUGAUACAGAACAGGUCCUAUCUCUAGGCAAGUUCCCAUGACCUUUCCAGGUCUAGUGAGCUCCACGGGCAUUACCUUUGGUUGGUUUUAAAUUUCUUUGUUCAUCGAGUGACUUAACAUGUAAAAUGAAGGUCUGGUUCCAAAUCAUUGUCUUUCAGUGCUGAGGUGCCAUUAGACCUCUCAUACCAUCUUUAAGAUGCACCAAUAGUCCCCACACCCCAACCUUCACUCCCUUGACUUGUCUUCUCCCCAGUUUUUAAGCUAGUAUUUCUCCUUUCAGUCAUGGACUUCUUCAACCUACACAGUGAAGUCAUGAGUCUCGUAAGACACCAUCUCCAAGAAUGUAUUAUGCUCAAAAUAUAGGCUGCCUCUAUAUUCCUGGAUAGAUGGUCAGUACCUGUUGACCCUCGAGUAGUUAGAAAAGCCCCACAGAACCUCACUUUUUGGGACCCAGCUUCUUUUGUGGCCUCUCUUUCUACUGUCAAUGACAUUCUGCUCCUGAUCCAUGCCCCUCUUCACAGGAGGAAAAUUAGGAUCCGUGAAGCACUUCAUAUCCCGUCACCUUUUAUUCUUGUCUGCUUUGGUGCACUUCCUGUAAGAAACCAAGGGGAGGAAAGAUUCCUCACAUGCACAGCCCAGCUUUUUCUGUCAUAAAACUUGCAUGCUUGCAGCCACUCAACGUUUUGCACCAAAACCCAGAAACCCAGUGCCAUCGAGUCGAUUGCAACUCAUAGCGACCCUCAUGGCACCAAAGGAGAGACUCAAAGGCAGGCUUCCAAGCCCCCAGCCCUUGUUUUCCCUUGGGGCACCACAAAGCCUACACACUCCAGCUGUGUUUGGCCUCAAAUCUGCCCUGGAGGGUGGAUCACAAAGGCAGAGGUGUCAGGCACUGAGCAGUAGUGGCAAGGCCCAGGGGACUGAGGACAGGUCUUAGAAUGCAAGGAGCAGCAAUGACAAGUUUGACACCCCACUAGUGGCAGGGUCCUGUGGGGGGCGCAAAGUGGAAGGCCCAGUCCCUGUUUGGAGGAACGGUGGGCUGAUAAAAAAAAAAAAAUUGGGUGUUUUUUCAAUCAGCCCACCGUCUAAUAGAGGAGGCUGGACAUGCCUGAGAGAGGCUGUGUCCAGGUGAGUCGCAUAAGGUGAGUGGUGAGAAUCAGCGUGAUGGGGGAUCAGGGGGAGGAGGGAGUGGGCCCUGCUGAGGUGUUAGUCCUUCUGGAGUUCAGCUGCAGGAAACAAGCCAUCUUAACUAUUUUAAACAAAAAGCUUUAGCCGCAGAGAUCGGCAGGAUCACAGCCCAUUGCCGUGAUCUGGGGAUCAGGAAAUUCCAGAGCCUCACACAGCUGCCUAGACCUGCACCAGGAAAUGGAUGACCUUCAUACUGCCACCUCCACCCCUAAUCAGCUCAGUUCCAAAUUGAAGGCUCGGCAGAAUGCAUCUAGUUGUUGGAACUACAUCACCUCUUGAACCAUAGCUGCAAGGGAGCCUGGGAAAAUGUCCUUGCUUCCUUUCCCCAUCUUGCUAUUCAGGAAGGCACUUUAGGAAGCUGGGACAGAGGUCUGGUGAGCCAAUCUCGUGGGCCUUCACCAUGUGUCAUGAUACAGAUGGGUCCCACAGCCAUGCGUCCCUGGCUUGCCCAAGCCCAACAGUCUGAGAUAAUUGCUCAAAGCACACAUUUGAACAUGCUCUGCCCCAGCCCAAACCUGAAUCCAAAUCUCCAGGCAAGGGCCUGCAAAUCCGCUUCUUAUGAGCCCCUUGAAUGAUACAUAUUAUCGGGCAAAUGUGAGAACUGAGAAGGGAAAGAAAAACUUUCUAUAUCCUAGCAAUUCAGACUGCAGCAGUAGCAUUACUUGGGAGCUUGUUAGAAAUGCACGUUCUCAGGCUCUGCCCCAGACCUGCUGAAUGAGAAUCUGCAUUUUAGCAAGCUCCACAGGUGAUUCCUGGGCACAGUAAAGAAACUCUGGUCUACAAACUUCAGCUCCUUUUCCUUCACCUGGACCUCAGCUGCAAAGAAGUGAGUCACUCAUUCUUGGUUCCUAGUACAUUAUGUAUGAUUAAUGCAUGCAAGAACCCUCUUGUUAAGUUUUCCCCCCACUUACCCUAGUCUCCAUUCCCCUGCCCCCAUGAGUCACUCAGAUGUGUUCCAUAUAUGUCCUUCAGUAUAUGUGCAUCUUUGUAAAAUUGUGUGUGUGUGUGUGUAUCUUCAAAUCAUAAUGGGGUACUAUCCCUUUUUUUAAGACCAGAAAAAGAGUUUAAACAGGUCCAGUAAUUUGUUCAAGACCAAGCAGAGGUCUCAGCAUCAGGCAGGCAUGGGUGUGACUCCCAGCCGCCCUUUGCCAGUGUGUGAACUUCCUCAUCUGCAAAACAAGCAUCACCCCUACCUGCAGGAUUGUUGUAGUAAACCAAAAAUGUUUCUUAUUAGCAGGUGGUUGGAUCGUUCAGUGGUUAAGCUCUUGGCUGCUAACCAAAAGGUCAGCAGUUUGAACCCGGCAGCUGCUCUGCAGGAGAAAGGUGUGGCAGUCUGCUUCUGUAAAGAUUACAGCCUUGGGAACUCUAGGGGACAGUUCUGCUUUGUCCUGCAGGGUUGCUAUGAAUCGGAAUCAACUCAGCAGCAAUGGGUCUGGUUUGGGUUUUUUCAGUUGGGGCUCAGUGGGUGCCAGCGGUUAUUG